AUAAAAUUGUAGCUGUAAAUCAUAAACGUGUUAUGAAAAUGAGACACGAAUUUGUAGAAGGAGAAUACAUCCUGUGCUACGACAAGGGUAUGAAGUACGUUGUUGAUGCUUCACGUGCACGAUGUGCUUGCGAGCGUUUCAAUGACUAAGUGCUACCCUGUGGUCAUAUUCUGUAUGCACAUUCUAAAGAUUUAAUUCUUGGAGACCUACUUCGACAUAUCAACCGGUGGAAUAGGAAAUACAUAAUGGACCAGGUUCUUCGUGCGCUGGACCACAUGUCAAUCUCGACAAAGAGUGAUGAUCUGCUGGAGAAGUUCACUAACAAAUACCACUCAAUCCAUACUCUCAGUGAACCUCUGGCAAGUAAACUCAUCCGUUCAUGCCUCGAAGCAGCGGUGCCUCGUUUUUUCGACGUUUAUGGUCAUAAAGGGGUUCAGAACAUGUCGUCAGCUAUCAGUGACUUGACUAAAACGAUGCACAACGUAUCCUCGGCCAUUAGUGACUUGAAUAUUAAUGUAAAGCAAUUACCAUCUAAGUCUAAUGAACGUGAAGAACCGCAUCAUUUCGAUUGCGGACUAUCAAGUCAGCAGUUCCCUUUGUCAUCUGAAGAGGAACUUUCCUCUUCAGAAACUUUGCCUUACCUUACGGCUCUAUGGUUACAGUCAUCAGUGUUAACGGACAUAACCAUAUUGUCAAAUAACAAUAAAUAAGCAUUUACAGUGG